UAGCAGUCGGUGGCAUUCUCUGGUUUGUCAGGCGGUUUGGGCCGCACGUGAAUCGUACAACAGAAAAUAAUUGAAUAGCGAAACGCGUAACCCCUUUUAUUUAUUUAACUUUUUUAAAUUGUACAAAACGAGGUGUUUUUUUUUAAAAUAAAAUAUAUUUACUUGCUAGGUUUUCCCUUUUGACAUUUUUGAUUAUAAGACAUAAUGCCCAAAAAAGUGAAAACCCAAGACUUGGAUGAUGAAGAGGCGAAACCGCAGGAGAAAGUGGUGAAGAAAGGGAAAAAAGAUAAAAAGGGCAAAAAGUCGUUCUUUGAGGAGCUAGCUGCUGAUGACAAGCAGGAGAAAGAUGAGGAGCCUGCAGUCAAAGAGCAGAAUAAACAGCCACAAAAGAAGAAAAGAGACAAGAAGAAAGGGCGAAUGAGAGCAGACGAGGACGACGAUGACGAAGAUGAAGAUGUGAUGGAGAAGCUGAAGAAGCUGUCGGUGCAGCCCAGCGAUGAAGACGAGGAAGAGGAAGUUAUUCAGUGCAUUUCCAAAGGAGGCAAGAAAAAUAAGGGAGGAAACUUGUUUGCAGCUCUGAGCCAGGAACAGAGUGAUGAUGAGGAGGAGGGGGAGGAUGAAGAGGAGGCAGAGAAGUCCAGAAAACCUAGCAAGACAGACAAGAACAAGAAAAACAAGGUGAUCUCUGACAAUGAAGAGGAGGAGGAGGAGGAGGUAGGACAGAAGAAGAAGCAGCAGGGCAGGAAGGGAAAGAAGAACGAGAAGCCCAAGAGCAAAAAGACUGCUUCUGAGGAUGAAGAGGAGGAGCACGAGGAAGAGAAGGAGAAAGAGAAGGAGCAUGACGAAGAGAAGAGAGAUUUUGAAAAGAAAAAAAAGAAAGGAAAGAGAAAUGACAAUGCAAAACAGCAAAAGAAAGGAAAGAACUCUGCAGCUCUGAGUGAUGAAGAGGAGGAGGAGAAGAAGAAAAGCGAAGAGCAGAAACCGAAAGCAAUCCCAAAGGGGAAAGGAAAGCAGGGUGGAAAUAAGUUUGCCCCUUCAGAUUCUGAGGAGGAAGAGGAGGAGACGGAGGAGCCAAUGGGCAAAGACAAAGGAAAAGCCAAGGGUGAAGAAGCUGAAGAUAUGGAGGCUGAGGAAGGGGAAGCUGAAGGGAAGGAUAAAGACGCCAAUGACCCCUAUGCCAACAUGAGCAAGAAAGAGAAGAAAAAGAAGAAGAAACUGAUGGAGUACGAGAAGCAGGUGGCGUCGAUGAAGGCGACAAGUGCGGCAGAGGGAGAUUUCUCCAUCUCCCAGGCCGAGAUGUCCUCGCGGCAGGCCAUGCUUGAGAAUGCCUCUGACAUCAAGCUGGAGCGCUUUAGUAUUUCUGCUCAUGGGAAGGAGCUGUUUAUAAACGCUGAUCUGCUGAUCGUCGCUGGGCGACGCUAUGGUCUAGUCGGACCCAACGGGAAAGGCAAAACCACUCUGCUGAAACACAUUGCUAACCGGGCCCUCAACAUCCCACCCAAUAUAGACGUUCUGCUCUGUGAGCAAGAGGUGAUAGCAGACGACACCCCAGCGGUCUUGGCAGUCCUGAAGGCCGAUACGAAGCGCGCUAAGUUGCUGGAGGAGGAGAAGCAGCUGCAAUCCCUGCUGGAGAGGGGGGAGGACUCGGCCGCUGAUAGACUGGAAAAGGUGUACGAGGAGCUGCGUGCGAUCGGGGCGGCAGCGGCAGAGGCCAAAGCUCGUCGGAUCCUGGCUGGGCUGAGCUUCACCCCCGAGAUGCAGAACAGACCCACCAAGAAAUUCUCUGGAGGCUGGAGGAUGAGGGUGUCUCUCGCCAGAGCCCUGUUUAUGGAGCCCACACUGUUGAUGUUGGACGAGCCCACAAAUCACCUGGACCUCAACGCAGUCAUCUGGCUGAACAACUACCUGCAGGGCUGGAAGAAGACUCUGCUGAUAGUGUCCCACGACCAGGGAUUCUUGGAUGAUGUUUGUACUGACAUUAUUCACCUGGACUACCAGAAGCUCUUCUACUACAGGGGCAACUACUUGACGUUUAAGAAGAUGUACGUCCAGAAGCAGAAGGAGCUGCAGAAGCAGUAUGACAAACAAGAGAAGAAGUUGAAGGAUCUCAAAGCGGGAGGGAAGUCCACCAAGCAAGCUGAGAAGCAGACGAAGGAAGCGCUGACGCGGAAGCAGCAGAAAGGACGCAAGAAGAACCAGGAGGAGGAGGGGCCCGAGCAGCUGGAGCUGCUGAAGAGACCCAAAGAGUACACCGUGAAAUUCACCUUCCCAAACCCACCCCCGCUCAGCCCGCCCAUCCUGGGACUGCACACUGUCGAUUUUGGAUACGAGUCACAGAAGCCACUGUUCAAGAAUGUAGAUUUUGGUAUCGACAUGGAGUCCAGAAUCUGUAUUGUGGGACCGAACGGAGUGGGGAAGAGUACCCUCCUGCUGCUUCUGACAGGCAAGCUGACCCCGACAAGAGGAGAGAUGAGGAAGAACCACAGGCUGAAAGUGGGGUUCUUUAACCAGCAGUAUGCAGACCAGUUGAAUAUGGAGGAGAAUGCCACAGAGUAUCUAAUGAGGAACUUCAACCUGCCCUACCAGGAUGGGAGGAAGUGUCUGGGCCGGUUCGGGCUGGAGAGCCACGCUCACACCAUCCAGAUCAGCAAGCUGUCAGGAGGACAGAAAGCUCGCGUGGUGUUUGCUGAGCUCUCCUGUCGGCAGCCUGACGUUCUAAUUCUGGAUGAGCCUACGAACAACCUGGACAUUGAAUCAAUCGACGCCUUGGCUGAAGCAAUCAACGAGUACAAAGGAGCGGUGCUCAUUGUGAGUCACGAUGCUCGGCUCAUCACGGAGACAAACUGCCAGCUGUGGGUCGUGGAGGACCAGGCUGUGAACCAGAUCGAUGGGGACUUCGAUGAUUACAAGAGAGAGGUGCUGGAGUCUCUCGGGGAAGUGAUGGUCAACAAGCCACGAGAAUGAGGAUCUACCACAGCCUGAGACUGGGGGGGUUGGGGGCAAUUGACGGUGGGGGGUGUGUGGGUUACAGGGGCUAUAUUAUCAUCAAGGAGCAGCCUGGGGUGACCCAGUAUGUGCCACAGCUUGGGGACACCUGCUAUGUGGCUGAGGGGAGGAAGUGAGGAACCGAGAAGAGGCAAGUAGUGAAUUAAACACAUGCAACACCCAGAUACUCCUUUCAAAGGACUUAUUAUUGUUACUUCUACUCAUCUUGGAUGAAGGGACAGCUUUUUUUAUUAUUAUUAUUAUUUUGCUCCUUUUGAUCAGCUUGACAUGAAUUCUGAGGUAACUGCAAGAAAUGACUGUAUCACAUUGAAUUCUGGUGAAUGCCUUUAUUGUCGGUGUUACACUGAAGGCGUGAGCCAAAACAUUUCUUGAAAUUCCCCUGGUUUCUCAGUUUUAUAUACUGAGCAGAACAUCGUCAUGUCUACUCUGUCAGUCCCUUUGUAUUUUGGAGACCAGAUACUCCUGUAUUAAGACCAGUUCUUGAUUAGGAUUAUUUUAUUCAGUCUCUUCAAGCCAUAAUAUCCCACUGGGAUUCCACUCCAUCACGAAUGCACAUGGGAUACUAUAUUUUGCUGAUCUUAACUUGCAUCGCCAUGAAAUGGGACUGUUCAAUUGAGUUUUUACUGGCUCUGUAAUAGUGCAAGUAUUCUGUGCUAUAUCUACUGUAUGCUGAUUCACGAAGUGUGACAAGCAGGUCCAUGCAGCGACAAGAUAUGUUUGGUGUUUUUAAAUGCCCCUCCAAGUGUUUUUAUCACAAGCUGUGCUGUCGUCAUUUCUUGCCACAAUCCAGAACAUGUUGAUGAUUUUUGGUUAACCGCCACCCAGCUGCAUUGAAUAUUUAAUUAUUCAGUCAUGCCUUUUGUUUAUAUUAAUAAAGUAUCAGUGGUAAAAUUGA